CGUCUUCCCAUUCACCAUGACAACGACAGUUAUCUAGCGUCGUCGUCCGAGGUAAACCGUGAGUGCGUUUGCUCAGGAUUUAAAGACGAAUAUUAUGUACAUAUAUCGUCAGUCUACGGAUCAUUAGUUAGUGUAGGAAGGUAUCGUUUCAGUGUGUAUGUGUCGGAGAGCAGGUGGAGGCAGAAGAGGGAGUUUAACUGCGUGACCAACAUGGCUCUUCCUCAGCAUCCCCGGCUGCUGCUGCUAGCUUUUGUCUUGUUGUUGACCGCAGCCCGACAAACUAACAGUCGGUCUGUGCCAAUAUCGGAUCUAAACUCCAAAAUAUCCGGCGUGGAGGAGCUCCUGGAGGAAUUCCGCAAACAGCUCCAACAGGACCAGACGUACAAGGCAGCAGGCGAUGUGGUUGACUCCUGUACGGGCGACUUCAACGCCGUCGGGGAGCGCAUCAUCCGACCCAAGGCCUCGGUCGAGCAGGGGGCCACCUUCCUGCUGGCCCCGGACAGGGUGUUCACCUGGAGGGACUGUCUGCACGCCUGCUGCUCCCAGCCGCACUGCACGGUGGCGGUGGUUCAGCAGGACCUGAGGCAGCCCGGGGACAGUCUGAGCUGCUACCUGUUCAACUGCACCUACAGGAAUAAAAAUGUCUGCUCGUUCGCUCCGCAGCAGGGCUUCACCACAUACAGCCGGACUGCCAACAACAACACGCAGGGACACCUCCCUAUUUCCCCCAGUGGUUCAGCAAGGAGGCCCGGGGAGGGAAGUCCAGUCGAGGAAGAUACACAAGCAGAUGCAGAUGAGCCUCCUCGCAGUGAUGCCGGACAGGAUGUGGUGAUCCAGCUGCCCACAGACUGGGCCAUCCUGGAUGGGCGGGACAGCGUGGACGACCACAGGAUCAGCUACUAUGAGUGGACUCUCGUUAAGGGAGACACUGCCAUCAACAUGAAGGCGACUCAUCCUGGGCUGCUGAAGAUCAGCGGCCUGCAGGAGGGCGUGUACUCCUUCCAGAUGACUGUGACAGACACUGCGGGACAGAAGAGCUCUGACAACAUCUCCGUCACUGUGCUGGCACCAAAACACCAAGCAGAAGUGUGUACGGGCUUCUGUUCAAAGUACCAGUUUAAGUGUGAUGACGGUUGCUGUAUUGACAUCACCUACGCCUGUGACGGGAAGCAGCACUGUACCGACCGCUCGGAUGAAGACUUCUGCCCAAAAUUUGGAAGCAACAGGAAGUCAGUGACCCACCCUGCUGAUGUGUCUAACCGGCCUGUAGCGCAGAAAGACGAGACAGGGGACGGCUCCAUGCUGCAGACAGGGCCCCGAAAGACCAGCGAGAAUGUCCCAUCACCUCAGGACAGGAGCUAUGCCGGUCCCCCACAAAGUCCCGGUCAGCAGGAGGCUCAAGUCGGUCAAGACCCAUGUGCUGCUGCUCCAGUUGUCGGACCCUGUAAAGGCACCUUUCCGCGCUGGUACUACGACCACAAUGGGGGAGAAUGCAAACACUUCCUGUACAGCGGUUGCCAGGGCAACCACAACAAUUUCCUCCAGGAGUCUGACUGCGUCAGCGAAUGUAUACAAAAAGGCCCAGCUUUCAAACCGGCAACGGCAGCUCCACCAAUCACCAAACAGACUGAGAUAGCUGCCCCUAAAGUCUCACAGAGCCAACCAGAGAGCAACUUCCCCAUCUCCAAACCGUUUCCAGUAAGAGGAGGGCACCCACCACCAGAGUCAGGUGCGAUCCUGCCUCUGGCUCUCGGCCUCAUCAUCACCUCUCUGCUGCUGCUCAUGAUUGGCUGUCGACUCAGACUCGUUCGACAUAAGACGAAGAAAGCGCGCCCCCUCACCACGGAGGAGUCGGAUUACCUCAUCAACGGCAUGUACCUGUAGCCAAUCAGCAAACACGUGAGAUCUGAGAAACAGAAACAUGGGUGUUGUCACCUGAGCCUGGACCUUUUGAUUUUGCUCUCCCAACUCUGCUGUUUCUGGACUUCCCUGCACAGACUUGUAAACUUAGGAUGCUGCCUUCAAAGCCACAUAUUCAGAUGCUUGUCAUUCAUACUCAUGAUGUUUUAAGAAAACAUCUGCGAUGGAAGCGUCAACGUUCCUAUUUACUGAUAUACAGCUGUCUUCAUUCCCAAAUGACUUCUGGGAUACAUGCAGUACAAGAGUCUUUGUCCUCUUUUUUAGAAUUUACACAAUGCUUUAUCCCAACUACUGCUCCACAAAUAUAUGCUGUAUUUCUGCCACUGGAUGGCACCAGUGUUUCAUGUUUGUGAUGAAGAUUUGACCCUGAUUUAACUUGCCAGAAGCCAGAAAUGUAACACAUUGGAGUGCCUGAUAAAGUGCGCUUUUUUUGACUGCUUCACAAUCAGCAACAACUUUUCCUUAAAGCCACAGCAAAUUGAUCAAAAUCCAUUCCUGUGUAAGUUUGUUGCAUACUGUUCUUUAAAAAGCAACUCAUGUGGAGUAUAUAUUAUAUUUGCGCUUGUGCUGUCUAUCAUGUGAGACAUGAAAGUUCAUUAUAUAUAUCUGUUGACAAAGUAGUUAACAAAAUAGAAACUUGAAAUCUUUUCCCACAUAUUAGCACGUUCCUAAAACACCAUUUAGGAAAGUGAGGUCAUUCGUUGUCUUUUAGUAUUCUUAUUCAGGAUACCGAUAUAUUUGAAACCCGAGCUUGCAGCCUGCACUCAGAAGAAUCAACAAAAAUAGGCAGACAAAAACAUAAGCAUCUCUUUAUUUUCAUGUGCCAUUCCAGAAACUGUGAAAGCCAAAAAUCAUCCAUCACCCAAAAUAAAAUGUGCUUUUUGAUUUCAAGAA